ACACCAGGUUCAGGUAAAACCAUUGCAGCAACCGAUUUUUACACACACAAUUAUUACACGCUAACAGGACUUUGUCUCCACUGUCAGUCGACGAACAACACCCGAAACGUACCCCCAAACACAUCAAUAACCUUAAAUACAACGCACAACUGUAACACAGCUCCAACAAUCUCCCAAUCUAAAAAACGAAUACAAAAAAUGCUCAAUUCACAAUCGUCUGUAAAAACAAUGGAAAUUAAAAAAAGACAAACAGCGCCAUCUACCUGGCACCUGUCAAAAGUCAGAACCACCAACUUUGAAAAAAAAUAACCAAACGGAACUUCACCUGACUAAUUUAACACAAUUAAACUUGCAUAAUCAGUAAUCACACCAAUUCGGCCCCCAAAGCACGCACCCAGCCCGAAAACUCGCCUAUUUGCAACCCAAUUUGACAUUUGACACAUGUCACAUUGACAGCUGUCUUUCGGGAAAGUCCCCAAAAACUGAUACAAUGUUAUAAUAAACAAAUUCGGAUGGCUUCGAGAGUCAACAUGCGACCCACCAACAAGAACACUCUGCUCAAAGUGGUGAUUCUGGGGGAUGGGGGCGUCGGGAAGAGCUGUUUGAUGAACAGGUUUGUCUCGAAUCAGUUCGACGAGCACUCGUUUCACACAAUUGGAGUGGAAUUUCUGAACAAAGACAUCGAAAUUGAUGGGGAAACCUACACAUUACAGAUUUGGGACACUGCGGGCCAGGAACGGUUCAAGACACUCAGGACGCCCUUCUACCGCGGGAGUGAUAUCUGCAUGCUGACCUACGCCGUGGACGACAAACACAGCUUCCGCAACCUACAAAUGUGGAAAAACGAAUUUCUUUAUUACGCUGACGUUAAGGAAAACGUCCAAUUUCCUUUCAUCGUAGUUGGAAAUAAGUCCGACGUUGAACAAAAUGAACGUGAAGUUUCCCAAAUCGAAAUGGAGACUUGGUGCACCGAAAACGGCAUUUCUGCCUGCAUUGAGACGUCCGCCAAGAGUGCAAGCAACGUGCAUGAGGCGUUCGCAAUAGCCGUUCAACAUUGGUUGAAAUUGGAGACAAGGGCCGAUAAGAACGACUGCAUCUACGCUGAUACAGUCGAUUUGACUAAGAAACAAUCAGAAAACAGAACUUCCUGUUGUAUUAACACCUCUGACGAGUAGAGUAGUUUUUAUAAAUUAACUGGAGGUUGUGUAUGGUCUUAUUCCAAAGAGUAGUUAAAAUAUCAACAUUCUACUAAAUAAAUUGUGAUAACUUUUCGUAAUUCCCACUGCGUAGGUAUUAGAGCAUUUAUUUUGUAGGAACAUUCCUUAGUUCUCAUUGUACAUAUGUAUCUCAGGAGCACCAAAUUAUGCGGCCUUUUAUCAGUUAAUUUUGAAGCACUCUGUAUAUAUUAGUGCUGUUAGCUUUUGUACUGCGUUUUUUAUAAGGCAUAUCAAUUUUCGAUGGAAAUUUCAGUAUUUCGGUGCUAUUGAAUUACGUUUAUUUAUUAAUUGUAUCAUAAUGCACGUUCAAUAGAUCUGUUGUAAAGUAA